AUGGACAAGGACAGUUUACUCUACCAUAACAUCAUGAAUAAACCAGUGGAUAGGCAUUCGAUUACGAACACCUCGACUUAUUAUGCAAAGAGUAAGGAAAACUCUGGGAUACCAAUUAUGUCCAAAACAGAGAGUGACCUCAAGCCUGUGAGUGGAUUUAUUCCACGCCUGAGACCAUAUAGAACAUAUUACGAGGGUAUGUUAGACGAAACAAAAUAUAGAGGUUUUUCGCCUGAAGAAACUAUAUCAAGUUUGAAAGCAAGCGUGGCUGCAGGCGAGACUGAAUCGGACUUAGGGUCGAUUUACCCGCAUACACCUCGUGAAGGCGAUCUCUCAAAAUUCAAUGUUCGCUCGCAAAGUGAGCUAACUGUGAGAAGCUUUUACGAAGAUGAUCUAAAGACUUUUUCUAAUGGAGAUGAGAAAACCAAUCAUCUAACCGAUCCUGUGGAAAAUGCGAUCAAAGAUCUGUCUAAUGAUAAGCCAAUAGACGAAGCAAGAGACGAACAAGUCAAGUCGAUAAGCGGUUCACCUAGGCUGCUGAACGCAUUGUGUAUUUGGCAAGAUAAACUGCAACCUAUAAUAGUUUGUUUGAGAAACCGAGUGCAUCACCAUAAUUGGCAAUAUUAUGAACGGUCUCGCCGACAUCGCAUACUCGUUAUUGUUGUGGCUGCAUUUAUUCUUUGGAUGGUUUGGAUUGCUAAGUCCAAUGCUCCAACUGAAUUGCUUAAUAGACAUUCUGAUGAUGAAAUUUUUUCUCGGGCCGUAGUCGCCGCGGUGACGCGUCGGGUUGUCAUCAAGGAUGAUGCCGAUAUGAAAGGUCCUCAUUUAAGAACAGUCAUUAGAGCUCUUGUUGCAGCUGAGAUUAAGAGUAAGUUCACAGAUGAAGCAGCACAAGAGUUUUCGGAAGCCUACGAUUCUGCCAGAACGAUUGACAUCAAAGAUGAUAAUGUUAUUGGCAUGAUUAGAAGCGAAGCAAGUGAUAUAAUGAAAAGAAAAUUGGCUACUUAUGAUGAUGAUUUAGUCGGCAAGACUGACUAUGCUCUGCGUCCAGCUGGAGCCAAAAUUAUUGGACCGAUUACAUCGAAGACAUAUGUUAUAUAUCCAGAAACGACGGGGAGGAGGUUGAUCGCCCAAACUCUUAAUUUUGGAACAGUAAGAGGGAAACCUCCAGUUACUGCCAUUAUGCCCGAUACACAUGUUGGUCAAUGCUGGCCAUUCUCUGGCAAUCAAGGUCAACUUGGUAUUUUACUUAGUCGAAGAAUAUAUCCAACGGCCGUCACGUAUGAUCAUAUCAGUAAACAGGCAACAACGGAUGCGAGCAGCGCCCCUAAAGAUUUUGAAGUUUGGGGGUUCAUAGAUGACGACGGAGGUAACAUACAGCGUGAUGACCAACCUGAAAGCCCAUCAGAACUAGUUGCCGACACCGACGCUGCCACCAUAGAAGAUCUACAAGAUCCUAGUAUCGCAAGCAUCACGGGAGGAAGUAAAUUCGAACUCGGAUCUCUUCCAAGCCACGUACCUCUUGGUCGAUUUAGGUAUGACAUAAAUGGUCGCCCUGUGCAAACGUUCGAGUUGUCAGAGAGUGCACGGCGAUUGAAGAAGCCUAUCAAAGGAAUUCUCCUGAAAGUCAAUAGUAAUUGGGAUAAUCCAACAUUCACAUGUUUAUAUCGUUUCCGUGUUCACGGCGUGAAUGCAGAGGAUGAAAAUAUUUGA